AUGUCCACUUACAAAGCGCUAGUUUGCCACAAGUACGGCGAGCCGCUGAAAAUCGAACAGGUGCCGCUUCCAGAACCCGUUUCUGGCUGUGCAGUCGUCAAGGUGAUCUCGAGUGCCGUUUUCAAAAGAGUCAAGGAACUGAUCACGUUCGAACACCCGGUGUUCAGUACGCCGCUGCCAUUUGUGCCUGGCGGCUACGGCGUGGGCCGCGUCGUGUCAGUGGGCCCGGGCGGCCACCUGAAAACAGGCCAGCUGGUUUAUCUGGACUCGCUUGUCACGUCACGUGAGAGUCCGCAGGAGAUGAUCAUCAAGGGCGGGUUUGGCGGUAUUUCCGCCGAGUCCAAGGAGCUCUCCAAGCUCAGAUACAAAAGAGACGGGUAUUUGCAGGAGUACGCCCUUGUCGACAUCGACGAUUGCUACCCGAUCGACGAGUCGGCUCUCGGGGAGCACAGCGUGCACUACGUGAACAAUAUUGGGCCGUUUCUGGUUCCGUACGCCGGAUUCCGUGCAGCCAACCUCAAAGCAGGCGAGACUGUGAUCAUCUCGCCAGCCACAGGUAAGUUCAGCGGCGCGGCAGUUGCCGUUGCCUCGGCGCUGGGAGCAAAAGUCGUUGCUGUUGGUAGAAACAAGGCUGUGCUCGAACGGUACACAAAGACGCUUCCCAACGUCUCUGCUGUGACUCUUACCGGAGACAAAGCUGCAGAUUCAGCCGCAUUGGCACACUUUGGUCCUGCAGAUGUUUUUCUGGACCUGAACCCUGUUGGUGUGCCAAAGAACCCGAACUUCGACGUUUGUUUCCAAGCUCUUGGCUACGGCGGCCGGGCUCUAUUGCAAGGAUUCUCCACGGAGCCGCUAUCGAUUGACUACAGCUCUAUGGCGUUCAAAAACAUUUCCAUUGUGUCCAAGGCGAUGUAUACUCGCGCGGAGGCCCAGGAUCUGGUGAAGCUGUUCAACUCGAAAAGUCUGCGGUAUUGGGAGAUAUUCCGCACACAGGUGUUUGGAAUCGACGAGUUCGAGGCCGCGUUUGCAGCAGCAGACACGGCCACCAGCUGGGACGAUCUCGUGGUGAUUGAGUUUAAUAAAGAGCUCGACGUACUCGGCAGCCUCCUUUUCGACCUGUUCAAGGCCGGUGAUACAGUCGAUUUCUUCAGGCGGACCAAACAGCUUGAAGUUUCUGUACCACAGAGUGUGGCCGACGUAAAGCACGAAGAUGAUAGGGAUGGUGAUGUAGGCAGCAAAGAAGUCGCUGACGUUGAAGUCGAAGAAAACGCCGUAUCCGUUGGUGAGGGUAAUGAGCGUGAAGAAGAUCAGACUGGCCCAUGCUCCAAUCAUUUGAAGCGGUGGUCUGAAGGUGACUCUGUCGUCAAGACCAUGGUAGGUGAUGGCCUUUCUGAAACGGAUAUAGGUGAUCGACACAAGGAUCCAAGAGAUGAAUCCAGACACGGUGGAGAUGUUGGACAGCCAGGUGAACACGAUCGACGAGGAGUCGGAGCAGUUCAAGUAGACCACCAAGGAAAUGACACCGGUCAGAAUGACAGCCACGUACGGCACACCGUUCUUGGAGCAACGAGCAAAGAUAGACGGCACCUCGCCUUGGAGAGCCAUGGAGUGCAGAGUUCUGGUGGCGGAGUAAAAGAGCGAGUUUCCACAGGAGUAGGCGGACGUGAGGAUACAGGCGUUGACAAUAUGGUUCAACACCUUGAUUCCGGCGUUCUGGAUUCCAAUAACGUAUGGAGAUCCAGCAGCUCCGGAAGCACCCUCAUUGACGGCAUUCAUCAAACGGUCGCUAUUGGAAGGCACCAUGAUUCCAAUAACGAGAACACCAAGAACGUAGAAGAUGGCCAAUCUGAAAACGAAACGUCUGCAGGCUUUUGGCAAGUUAUGUCUUGGGGCCUCGGACUCAGCAGAACAACUGGUGACCAGUUCUGGCGACAAAACAAAGGCGAAAGCACUUUUCACAAUAGCUGUCCAGCAGGCUAA